UUUCCGAAAUCACAAAAGAGUUCCUCUACCGGAAAAUGACGACAGUGGGAGAAGAAAUCCAUUCGGCUGGGAUAACGGCUGUUUCUCGGAGACUGCAGAAGUAUCUGAAGAAACUUGUGGCAGCACUCCCAAGACUGGAGAAGAGUGAGAAAGAAAUGGUGCUGGAAGUGACCUCUCUGGCCAACCUCCUUGAACAGCGCGACUGUGUCCUGGGCUCCGAGAGUGGACGUCUCGGUCUACUAUCCGAGUUUCCUGACCUGAGGUCACGCCUGGUGGUCAAGCUGUCCCAGGAGAUAGACGGCAAAGUGCUGUCCUUAGGAGAACACUGUGACUACCUACAAGAAUUACACGCCGUCGCUCUCAAAGGUCGCGAGGAGGUCGCCGUUCUGUGUCACCAGUACCAACAACACCUUGACCCCACUUCGUUACGACAGGGCGAGGCGACCACACCUCCUCUGUCUGUGAUGUUGGGUUGGAUGGUGGAGAUGGAGGUACAGCUGAGAGAACAAUAUGCUAGCAGACAACAGUACCUGGCAAGUCUGGCUGAUGGAGCCGGCCCGGUGACCUCGGAGAAUCUCCCGGCUCUGUGGGGGGAAGGCUUUGACCAGUUGUUGACUCUCUUACAAGACUGUCGAGAACAGGGCAAGUUUUUCCUGGCCGAGAAGUGACGAAUGUCGUGUCAUGCUGGAGACUUGACGACUUGAUGGAAAGGUCAGGAGGUCAUGGAGAGUACUGGUGUGUCGACCAGGCAAUACCUCACUGUGUGACUCACUCACACAGUACCGGCAUUUGUGGUCACAAGGUUAGACACUUCGGUGUGGCAGGCAGGAGACCCAAGAUCAAUUAAUUUCUGAGUGGGGAGAAAUUUUUAUCGAAUAUCUUCGUCUUUUUGCUUGGAUGUGGUAUCCUUGUCAGCCCAGUUUGGCCCUGACAGGGGAAGAAAGCCCACCACCUUCAUGAUCAAAAUUUUAAGAGGGAAAAAAUUAUCUCACUCAUACAGUGCUGGUGUGUUGACGAGACGAUAGCCUCCCUCAUUAUGUGUGUGCGAGUGGCUUUUUUGUGUUUUUGUGUGUGUGUGUGUGUUGCCUGCCUCUGUGUGAGUGUGAGUAUAUUUUUUGUGUGUGUAUGCAUGCACAUAUUAUGAGACGAUAUUGUUGGUUGACAUACAUGCUGUGUCUGAAAGAUAUUGUUUUUGGUUGAAUAAAUCUGUCCUAAACAGACAAAAGGGCACAAGUGUAA